UAAAUAAAUAUGGAUUUUUGUAACAAAAUUUCUAAAAUUUCUUUCGAACAAUUCAAUAAAUUACCCAAAACCGGAAAACCAAACAAAAACGAAUGCACAAUUUUAUCAACAAUAAUCCAAGAAACUCAAGAUUUAAAUAAAUUUGAAGUUGUUGCUUUAGGUACUGGAACAAAGUGUAUUGGUCAAAAUAAAAUGUCUCUGAAAGGUGAUAUAUUAAAUGACUCACAUGCUGAAAUUAUAUGUAGGAGAUCAUUUCUUUUGUAUAUUUACUCAGAAAUUAAAGGUUGUUUAAAUAAAAAAGAAUCGAUUUUUAAUGUGAAUGAUUCAAAGUUCGAGAUUAAUAAUAAAGUGAAAUUUCAUUUUUUUACAACUCAUAUCCCGUGUGGGGAUGCGUCCAUUUUUCCUAAAAAUCAAGAUAAUUUCGGUGACCCCCUAAAAAUUGAAGAAAACGAAGACGUUCCAACCAAAAAAAGAAAACUUGAUAUUUAUAGAACAGGGGCGAAAUGUUUAAAAAAUUCUAAAGAACAAGAUCUACACUUACAAGGGGAUUUAUACCACAAAAUUGGUUUAAUAAGAACUAAACCAGGGCGAGGUGAUCCCACUUUAUCAAUAUCAUGCAGUGAUAAAAUCUUAAAAUGGUGUUAUAUUGGAAUACAAGGAGCACUUCUUUCUAUUUUAUUAAAAAACCCUAUUUAUUUAAGCACCAUAACCUUAUCAGGAAACAUUCCUUUUAAUAAAGAAUCUUUAAAUCGAGCUUUUAACGCACGAUUCCACACCGAAUUUAAUCAUUGCAAUCAUUAUUUUAAACACAACUUAAUUAUUUAUCAAUCAAACGAAGAAUUUGAGUUUAAAAAAUGCGAAGAAAAAAAUCAACUUUGCCCAAGUUCCAUUUCUUGGAAUAAAUUUAUGAUAAAACCGGAAGUUGCUAUUGAAGGUAUUAAGCAGGGUGUAACAAAGAAGAAAAUUGGUACAAAAGCUUCUCGAUUACAAAUUUCGAAGGUUGAAUUAUUCAGGAAUUUCUUAAACGUUGCAGAAAUGAUUCAAUUGGAGGGAUUUAUUAAAGAUUUGAGUUAUGGGGAAGCGAAAAAGAAAUCUUUUCUUUAUCAAAGUGCUUGGUGUCAGUUAAAGUGUGAUGUUUUUAAAGUUUGGACGCAAAAAGAUGAGAAAUUUAUGAACUUUCAUCUUGAUUAAUAUUGCGACCCCCUCUACUCUUUAUGACUAGAUUCAAGGAAAACACAAGACAACACCCAGAAAGGGGAAACAUAGGAAGAGACGUUGUGGUGAAGGUGUUUUAUUUAAUUGUACUUUAUUAAAUAAAAGUCCUACAAUUUAUAACAUAACCUAAAAUGAAUUUUGACACAUAAAUAACCUUACCUGUCAACUUUAUUCUUAAUAUUUUUUUUCUGGAAAUUUUUAUUAUCAAACCACAUCUUUUGCAUAUAACAUCAUAAAAUAAACCCUCUUAGCUUUAAUUUAAGUUAUAUAUCGCCGCUUAACACCCAAAAUUAAAGUAGAAAUGAUUUUUUGAAAUUU